GCGUCGGUGCGAGCGCGGAGGAGCGCGACCGCGUCUUCGCCAAGCUGAACCAGGAGGAUGAGGAUUUCCGCCGGAAGAUCGUCGACCUACACCGCAAGCUGUCGGACGUGGAUGCGGCACCGGAAACGCUCGGUUCGCCUAAUUCCAGCAGGAUUUCCAAGGAAGCUGAACGUCUGAGGGAGUUGGAGGCCGUCGCGAGAAGAGCGGAGGAGACUAAUUCUCGCAACGCCGAGGAGAUGAACGCCGAGAGGUGGCGAGAAGCUAUGCGGAGAGAGGACUCCGUCGAGGUGAGCGACAGGAGGAGAUACAGAAGCAGAAGACAGGAUCAGCUGAGAAGAUCGAGGAGAUUCGAGGAGGAAUUCGACGAUCAGAACGGGAGUCCGUCCAGCACCGGCGAGACAAAUUUUCUGAACAGACUGAGGCUAAAGAGACGGAGCUUGAAGCUACUGAGUUUUCUGAGCGGAAGAGCGGCGGAUAGAUCGCAAGAGGAGAGAGCAACGCGACUGCUGAGAAUGUACAUGCCGGAGAAAAGUGGCGCCAGGUCGGCGCAGAACACGAUCUCGAUUCAUCACACAUCGAGGGACAGGCGCUUCUGGAAACUGCGCAAUCGGAGACGAACCAGUUCCGCGUAGUAAACUCGUAAGAGUUAUCCAGGUUCACAUAGCUGGUGAUGCUUUACUCGUGAGUCACUCUCGUUGCUGCCGAACGUAUAUGAAAUGCGAUCAUGUCGUUUUGCAACGAAAUCAUUACGUGAUAACCAUUGUCAAAAUUGAUACGAAGCGUUCAUCAAGUAAAAUCGCGCGUUAGUUUGACAAAAAACAUUAAUAUAUUAAAAUGUAUUAGUAAUAUUAAUAUUGGGGAAGCUAUAAAAUAAUAUAAUGAAUACUGUGAUAGAGAAUAGAGGACGAUUAGAACUGACAAAUACACUUGUAGAAAAUAACAGAAAAAUAAUAAGAUUUGACACACGAGUAAGCCGUCGCUCAGAAAAUCGUAUACAUUAAAAAGGGAAGGGAUCGCGGAGGAAUCAAAAGAAAAAUCGGCGAUCACUGUCUCUCCGUUACUAGGACUUCCAAAAAAAAAAACACAUUCGCGUUUACCGAGACUUUUUGAAUUCCGCUCGAUCAUGUACCGAAAUCGUUUUCAUAGAAUGGCAAUAGUGAAUACGAAUAGCUGACAUUAGAUUUAACUGCAGUUUCCAAUCUAGUUCACUUCUUAGUAAAGGGAGUAAAAGUCGCAGUUGGUCGUUCAUCAUUGAUUGGCAACGGAAACGCAACUUCCGCAGGAUUUAGUCGACCGAGUACAGUUUCAGAAUCGCGCUAUUAGUACGCUUGCUAAAACCUCGCAAGGACAAGACGUCCUUUGGGCACGGCCUAGCGGAUUGUUUCCGGAUCGUUCGAGCUAAUCGGCGGCAGUUGGAAUUGGCGAGUUUUGCUCGCGAAGUACAGACUUCUUCUGACUUUCGACUCUUUUUUGUUUGGAACACUGUAUCUAAGUAGGUCCGCACGACUGACCCAAAGCGGCAUUUAUCUUCCACUUAUUAUACUAGGUGUCCCGCAACAAGCAGCUGAUGUCUCUUACGCAAUGUUGAGGCCAUUUUAUGUUAAGGAGAUAAAUCAAUACGAAUCGUCCCGAGAGAAGGGCUGUGGUACAAUAAUAAUAUUAAAUUUAAUGUAAUCAAUUAAAGUAAUAUAAAGUAACAAAUUAAAUUUAAGUUUACAUAUUAUUAUUACACCACGGCAGGUUAUUUACUGUGCAAUAACCAUCUAAUGAUGUGUAAGUCUUAAAUUUAAUCUUAAUUUAAUUCAAUGUAAGAUUAUAUAUUAUAAAUCGGAACCUAACAUUUGUAUUUGAACUUUUUGACUAAAAGUGAAGAAACCCCAUGAUUGAUAUAACGAAAUCUUAUUGCAGGGCAUCUUAUAGAUCUUGCUCUCGUCUAUGAAGGAUCCCAAAUCCACUGGGUCAGCAGUCAUUGAUUUCAAAAUUGGAGUCUGUCAUCAUUGGUCACAUCUACUUUAACGAGAAUUGAUAAAGAGAUAUCAUCUUAAUUUAACAUUAAUUUUUGUUAAAUAUUUCAUAUAAAUUAAGUUUUAAUAUAAACGAACAGGAGAUUGAAAUCAAUUUAAAAAAUUCUAUGCAAACCUAGGGAUGUGGGAUGCUUCAAAUAGACUAAGAAUUAAA